AUGUGCAGACUAUUGAUCCAUUUGGUGGAGAAACAUGGCGUGAGAAAAUGGUCGAGUAUCGCGCAAAUGCUCAAAGGGAGAAUCGGCAAGCAAUGCAGAGAGAGAUGGCAUAAUCAUCUCAGGCCUGAUAUCAAAAAGGAUAUAUGGACCGAAGAGGAAGACAGAGUUCUAAUCGAGACGCAUGCAAAAGUUGGUAACAAAUGGGCAGAAAUCGCGAAAAGUUUACCCGGAAGGACGGAGAAUUCGAUCAAGAAUCACUGGAACGCCACUAAGCGGAGGCAAUUCUCGAGGCGAAAAUGCCGAACCAAAUGGCCUAAGCCUAGUACUCUCCUUCAGAACUAUAUCAAGAAUCUCCACGUAGGCAAAGAGGGCAGUUCUACUGAAAGAACAAUAAAUAUAGAUGAUCAUUCUAGAACCUUCCACAACACUUCUUCAGUUAGUAGUCCACCGCGGAUUAAUCCCGAAAUCGAGUUCUGCAAAGGAUACGAAUUUGAUGAUGUCACAGAUUUUACGUUCGACUCGUUCAUGGAUGAUUUUGAUGCUGAUGAGUUGGAAUUUGAUAUGCCUCCAAUGUGUGAAGUGAAGAAAGAGGUUGAUUUUUUCGACGGGAUUGCAUAAUUAAGUAAGUUAAUUAUAUCGAAAGACGAAGAAUUACUUCGUUGGGAGGAAAAUAAUAGUUCGUUUCUAAUAGCCGGUUUUUUUCGGAA